AUGUACAUCACGUAUCACCCAUCCGAAGCUACAAGAAUCACCCAAUUCUCUCUUAAUGUUACUCAUGUCGGAUUAAAUCCAUGCCAAUCGACUCCAUGUUAUAACGAAGCUAGUUGCCUCGACUUGGGCAACGCUUUUCAAUGCCUAUGCCCACCCGGCUUCACCGGAUCGACUUGCGAGUUUCAAGUGGAUGAAUGUGUCUCGAAUCCCUGUCUUAAUGGCGGCUACUGCAGGGAUUAUAUCAACGGAUUUGUAUGCAAUUGUCCCCACGGAUACACAGGCGCUCGUUGCGAAGAAUUAGCGGACAAAUGUCAAGGCCUUCCUUGUUACAACGGCGGCAGGUGUAUGACGAAUGAGAAUGGAACACUUGCAUGCGUAUGCGUUGGUGGCUAUAUAGGCAAAAUGUGCGAAAAUCGAGUAGAUGGUAUUGUUGUCGGGCUGACCUGUGAUCAGGUCCAAUGCAAAAAUGGUGGCACCUGUGUUACUAACAGGGACGGUUUAUAUCGCUGUAAAUGCCCACCGGGGGUAAUGGGACCUAUGUGCGAGGUGGUCACUCACAACGGUUGUCGUGGUAACCCAUGUGCAGAGGGAGCCACCUGCGUUAGAUCUGAAGAUACUGAUGACGAUACGGAGGCUGAUGAUGGACAAAUGCCGCCAUUUAAAUGUCUGUGUCCUGAAGGUCGGACCGGUUUACUUUGUCAAGACUAUGUGAAUUCCUGUUUGAAAAAUGAAUGUCACAACGGAGGAAAAUGUGUCACGGUAAAAAGUGAUUUUUACUGUAAUUGCACAGCAGGAUGGCGUGGCCGGUUCUGUGAACAUGACAUUAACGAAUGUCAUCGUAAUCCCUGCCAAAAUGGAGGUCGGUGUGAGAACACAUUCGGCGGCUAUGCUUGCGAAUGCCUGAAAGGCUUUAAGGGUCGCAAUUGCUCAACGAACAUUAACGACUGCUCAAAGAGCUCCUGUCAGAACGGAGGCAGCUGCAUCGAUCUCGUGGGCAAGUAUAAAUGCAAGUGCCCAUCGAAUUACUGGGGUAAGAAGUGUCAGCACAAACGCUACCCUUGCGAUCGAAAACCGUGCAAAAAUGGCGGGGAAUGCGUUAGCUACAAGAACGACUUUGUAUGCGAAUGCGCGCAGGGCUUUACGGGACGCACUUGUAGUGAAGAGGUCAAUCCGUGCACAUCGCAACCCUGCAAAAACAACGGAUCCUGUCAGUCGACUAAGCGAAGUAUCGAUUUUUAUUGCAAAUGCCCACCAGGCUUCCUCGGGACACACUGCGAGCUAAAAAAUGAAUGCUUUCCAAAUCCAUGCCAUAACGGAGGACGCUGUCUCGAACAACUGGGUACUUAUUCCUGUAAGUGUCGGAUUGGGUUUGAAGGAACUCACUGCGAGGUGAACACCGAUAACUGCAAACCGAACCCGUGCACUCACGGGGGACGCUGUGAAGAUCUUGUGUCCGGCUUUCGAUGCUGGUGUGCUGAAAAUUACAAGGGAAAAACAUGCUUGCAGUUCAAGUAUGAGGACAUGCCUCAUUGUGCAGAGGAAACAGAUGACGUUGAUGGGAGUGGAAUUACGUGGUUUGCUACCCGCGAAGGCCAUGUCGAUACGCAACCUUGCCCACCCGGGGUGCUCGGUAAUGCCACCCGAAAAUGUUAUAGUGACCUCAGCUCGACAGGUACAAAAGCAGUGUGGGGCCGUCCAGAUUUGGCGAAAUGCGUCCAUAAGGAAUUCUUGGACAUCCAACAGAGCGCGGAAUAUCUGUUGUCUCUACCGGAAGUUUCUAUCCAUGAAGUCACGACGAUGACGCGGAGGAUACUUAACAUUACUCGGAGUAAAACUUAUGGCAAAGUUAGUCUUUAUCCGGGCGAUUUGGCUGUGACGGCGGACACGUGUGGGUUGGUUGCUGACGUCAUCGACCACACCAAUGACCAUGAUGAGGGCUUGCUUCAAAUUGUUGAGGUAUGA